AUGUCCUUCUUCCGCGGGAUCUUUGGCGCAAAUGAGGACGGCGGCGGCAGCAGCGGCAGCUCGACAACAAUGAGAAGGGAAGAGGAUCGCAGCAAAAUGGCAGGAGAACCUGGAUCGCGGGUUUCCUUGUCACAAAGCUCGUCAGUAGCCAGGGCCGGAAAUGCGACCACGACUCCAACUACCGCCGGCGUCGCGCACUUUCAGCGGCAGAAGGAGCAUGUUGAUCCGGCCCAGACAGACGGGCCAAGGAAGAAACCCAAAAAGUCGAUGGCCGAGCUCGAUGAGGAACUGCGGGCCAAGAUGUCCGGGCUUGCCGGAGAUGGAGGCGAAGCCGGCGUUGAAUACGAGGACGGUCAGCCCGUGGCGAUGAAGCGAAGUGUCAAGAACAACAUGUUUCGUUACAUAUGA